AUGCGGAUUCCUGCCAUAAUCAGUGCAUAUGUGUGCUUUUUGCUUACCACAGCUUUGAGCAUCGAUAUCACGGAGUCUGAACUGCUGUUGCUUAUUUCGUUGUCGCGCCAUGGAAGUCGUGCACCGAAUCCGUCAGUAAAAGCAAAUUGUCCGAAUAAUUUACCAAACAUCAAGUCGUAUGAUGUGCCACUUGAGCAGCUCACGGAGCGAGGAAUGAAGGAAAUGGAGGAGGUGGGUCAACAUAUUCGCAACGUCUAUGUGCACGAAAAAGGCUUUCUAUCUUCAACAUUUAAUGGACCAGAAGAUGAUCGUCAUUUCGAGGGAUAUUUCCGAGCCGACGCUGCAAAUCGAUGUGGUCAAAGUGCAGUAUCGAUGGGUUAUGGAUUGUAUCCCAACGGCACCGGCCCCGGUGGAUACUCUCAGCAACCGAUUCCAGUGUAUAUGCAAUUGUUUGAGAAUGAACACGAUUUUACUGCUAACGGUCCUUGCUGGUCAGUUAUGUCUGCAAACAAUAAAGUAUAUACGAAUGGUCGAGCAGCAAUCGCCAUCGAAAGGCACAAAAAGUCACUUGAAACGCUUGCUAAUAUUUGCGGAAAAUUUUUUUACAUUAGCAAUGAUCCAGUGACGGCGAUCAAAGAUGUGAAUGACAUGUUUCUUUUUGAUCUAAACGAAGGUCAUGAUCCGCUUUUGGGACUUACGCCUGAGUUGUUGCAAGACAUCUCUGAGCUUGCGUUUCAACAUCUAAUUGAGCGACUAUAUUCAACCCCUACUCAGAUCACAGUUUCGAUAGGAGGGUUUCCACAGCUUCUAAUUCGAAACUUGCGUGAAGGCGCUUCGCCGAAUAAAAACCCGGAAAACCCGAAGUAUCUAUCAUAUCAUGGCCAUCGUGAGCUUAUGCAUGGAUUAGGUUUCAUGAUAGGCAUGAAGUUUCAGUUUGAAGGUCUACCCAAAUACAAUGGUUCCACGCCAUUGCAUCCAGCUUCGACGCUGUUCUUUGAAUUGCAUCGCAAAGCUGACAAUCAUUUCGUGCAGAUCUUCUUGUGGUCACCGUUUAGCCCCCGUACAGCCAUCAAACUUGAUACAUGCGAACUAGAGUGUCCACUUAGUGAUUUUACUGCCAUUAUCGAAAGCUUUAUUAAGUCCACUGGUCCAUGGCAAGACAUUUGCUCGUACCACCCGGUAAAUAUGCCUGUCGUUAAGGAUACCAAACCAAACGAUGUGUAUACUGACACAACUGGCAAUAUAAAAGAUGCGCAAGUCGAAAAAGCAGGCGCUCUGUGGUCAAUUGUAACGGCUAGUGGCUUUGUAUCUCUAGGAACUAUUGGUGGUAUCACGUACCAGCGCUUCAUGAGCCGUCGUGGCUAUCAGCCCAUGUGA